UUAUUUAUUUCUUUUUUUGUUGUGUUGUGGAGCAGAUGAGCCUCUGGUAUUUAUAGCGGGAGUUAAAAAAGCCUGGUGUGGGGUCAAUCCUGGGUAAGGCUCCCAAGACAAAAUGCUGGAGCUGACCCGACAUUCCUGUCCCCACUUUGCUGGAGAUGGAUUCUCCUCUUCUCUAAAUUGGCCCCCAAUAAAAUGUUUGGGUGUGUCAGUUUGAACUGAGUGUGAGAGCGAAAGCCCCCCCCCUUCAACCACAUCCUCCAGUUCUUUAAAAUGAAAACUUCCACGAGUCGGGGCGCCCGCGGAGGAUGUCCCGACGUGCUGGGGGUCACGCGUGGAGGGGCUCGGAGAUCUGCCCCCCCCCCUCAGCUCCGCAGGCCUCCGAGAGCAUCUGUCACCGCAGGGGGUCAGCAGGCCGAGAUGAAUGAGCCCCCAGUGGAUUCCCUCCCUCCUCGGCAAAUGGCACAAGAGAGAGGAGUGCGUGAGGCUUCUAGGGGGAGGGGUCAGUGUGGAUUGUGUUUGUUUGCAUGUGAGCGAGGCAGAGACCCACACGGGAGGGCUUCACGCUGGACGGGGAUAGAGAGGGACUCCCAGUCAUUCCGGCGGAGAGCCAUGACCGGGCUGCAGGCUGCAGGACAGGACUGAACCCCCCACACGCUCAUCUCCCUCCAGCCUGGAUUUAUCAUGGAAUAGAUUGGAGACGUUUCUUUGGAGGGGGAUUUAUCGCUCCGGAUUUGGCCCUUAAGGAUCGGUCAGCUGGUGGAGGAGUCAUGGGAGGCCUUCCAGCGACUGAUGUCUUUGCUGACAGUUUCUGCUGAGGAGUACAGAUCCAGCAUGUAGCAGAGGCAAACACGUCCCUUCACGCCUGGGAAACGUCCGACAGCCUGCCACCACAGAGCGAGCGCGCUCAGGGCCGACCCCAGCAGAUGUCCCGGGGUGGACGCUGGUGUGGAGGCGUGGCAGUUAGGGCGAAACAGGCAGAAAAAUCAACUAUCAUGGGGAACUCGUAUGCUGGGCAGCUGAAGUCUGCUCGGUUUGAGGAGGCCCUCCACAACUCCAUCGAGGCAUCUCUGCGCUCCAGCAACGGAGACCCACAACCCAUCUUCACACAGCUCUACCUGGAGCCCGAACCGUAUCCAGAUGUGAAGCCCAAAGCCAACACGACGGGGAGCGACAGCAUCAACGGCCACUCCUCCAAUGACCUCGAAGAGGCCGAAGAGGACGACGACUCCGACAGCAGCAGCCCUCCGCUUCCUUAUCUGCAGACGCCAGCGCCGGAAGGCUGCUGCACCCUGGACGAUUCUCACACUGACUGGAAAAAACAUCCUUCUCUCUUAGGAUUCUGUCAGGCUGGGAAGGACAUCCGCCUGGUUUCCAUAGCAACAGAGUCAAUCGAAGUCCCAGCGGGCUUCGAGCUCGUCGGCGCCAAGUCCCCCAGCGUCCCCGAGCACAUUCUGGUGUGUGCCGUGGACCGCCGGUUUCUGCCUGACGAGAACGGGAAAAAUGCACUUUUAGGUUUUUCAGGAAACUGCGUGGGCUGCGGUGAAAAGGGCUUCAGAUACUUCACAGAGUUCUCCAAUCACAUCAACCUGAAGUUAUCCACGCAGCCCAAGAAGCAGAAGCACUUAAAAUACUACCUGGUGAAGAACUCUCAGGGUGCUCUGUGCAAAGGACCCCUCAUUUGCUGGAAAGACAGCAAAACCCGUCAGUUCCCCAGCAGCGCGGCGGCCUCCAAGCCCAGUUUGUCGUCCUCGCUGAGCAGCAAAGAAAACGGAGGCUCCAACGGACACAGCUUGUCUCCAUUCUCGCUCUCAGACUCUCCGCCCACUAGAGCAGCACAAACGUCGGCCUUCUUCAGCAGUCAGGACCUGGGAAAGGACUGUAGUUUCCUCAAACCUCUGACCUCCACUCCUGGAAACAAGACUCUGCCAAUAGUACCCACAGCUCUUAGGGUAAACGGACCAACGAAUGGAAUUGGCGUCGAUGUGCAUCCUCCGUUACUGAGCCCCUCCCAGGUCCCUCUGGGACCCCAGGGUCAGGGGUAUCGGAGUGCAGAUUUAGGGGACAGCCCGGUGUCUUCUGCCAUGAACUCCGGUCCUCCGAAGAAGCGUCACCGCAGCUGGCAUCCCAGCUCGGUGGUGCCGGUCCCACCCACAGCAGUUCCUGUUCCGGCGAUCCGGCCCAUAGUUUGUCCUCCAGGUUCUGUGUUGGCGGUGUCGUCGCCGCAGCCUCCGGUCUCAGCCGUCAUUCAGCCGCAGCCUGUCACCGCCGGAGAAACCGUCAUCAUCCCCGACAACCUGCUGAACUCCUCAGGAGUCCGACCCGUCAUCCUCAUCGGUUAUGGCACUUUACCUUAUUUCUAUGGAAAUGUUGGCGACAUAGUAGUGAGCCCCCUGCUGGUCAGUUGCUAUAAGAGCAGCCAGCUGACAGAAAAAGCCCAGGAGACUUUAGGCCUUCACAGCAGCCAGAUGCUCAGCGUGGAGACCACCAUCCUGCUCACCUUACAGUAUCUUGGACGGCUGGGUCCGGAGCAGAUCCCGCUGCGCGAGGAGCUGGAGCAGAUCAUCCUGAAGGCCAUGCUGUGCUGUCCCGGCAGCCCCGCCAUCACUCCGUCGCAGCUGCCGUGGCUGGCUCGCCUGGAGGCCAGCGUCUCCGGGGGCACCGUCCAGGUGGUGGUGACCCACGGCUCUCUGGGGGAGGGCAUCUCCGAGUCCCUGCGCUCCCUGAGCGAAGGUCCCCACCAUCAGCGGAGCCUGCCGACCUACGUGGUGGUCAUAUGCGCCUCCAAAAUGAGCGGGAACGAGUUCUGUGUGCUGGUUCUGGGUAAAUAUCAAGCGCGAGCUUUAGCCGAAGGCAUGCUGACCACCAACGAGUUCCUGAAAGAAAUCAGCUAUGAACUCAUCACCGGGAAAGUCGGCGUUCUGGCCUCUCACUUCAAAACCACCUCUCUCGGAGACAAUCUUGACAAGCAGCUGGUGCGAUACCAACGCAGACGGAAAGGACAGGUCACCCUGCCCUUUCAGGGCGAUGUCCCCGAGCACUUCCACUCCCAGGAGGCUGCCAGCAUGCUGCCGCUGACAGACGCAGUAGAACCUCUACAGAAGAUCUUCCAGAUCUAUCCGGCCCAGCUGAGCGUGGCUCGAAGUCUCCUCUCCCAGGUCUGCUCCAUCGCUGAUUCUGGCUCCCAGAACCUGGACCUGGGGCGUUUCUCUAAGGUGGACUUCCUGGUUUUGGUGCCGCCGUCUCACAUCCUGGUCCACCAAACCGCACAGCGAAUCCGACAAUCAGGAGUCCUCGUGGAUUUAGGGAACGAGGACGUUUCCACGGCGAGCCAGAAAUCGGACAAGUACGUGGUGCGCCUGGACUCUGACGUCCACGCCAGGAUGGAGGCCUUCAUGAAGAAAGUCAAGCAGAACCCCUACACCCUGUUUGUUCUGAUUCAUGACAACGCGCACGUUGACCUCACAAGUGCGCUGUCGGGCUCCGUGUGCCACGGAGAGCUACAGGGUCUGGCUGAUCGAGUGGUGAACUGCCAGGAGGUCCUGGAGGCCUUGAACCUGCUGGUCCUUCAGGUUAGCUGCUUCCCUUACACCCUGCAGACGCGGCAGUCCCGCAUCAGCGUCUCCAAUGAGAUUCACUGGCCUUCCGCGGAAAGUCUGCAGAGGGAGCAGUCUGCUAAUGAGUUGGUGUACUUCGGCCUGAGGGACUACAGCAGCUCCCUGCAGUGGGGCGUGGCCAGCCCCAUCCUGCGCUGCGAUGAGGCCUUUGAGAAGAUGGUCCUCACUCUGCUGGAGAGGUUGGUAGGAAAAGGCUGUUUCCAGCAUCAAGAAACAUUUAAAAUAAUACGAAUAAACUGUUUUCGCAGACACUCGCACCUGCACAGCAUGGUGAUCCGCAGCUUCCUGCUGAUCCAGCAGUACACCGAGGCCAUGAUGGCGCUCACCUCCUCCCCGUCCCUCAGAGACCACAUCACCCCAGAGACGCUGGCCAUGGUGGAGGACCUGAUCAACACUCCUAGUAAAGAGGGCUCCCAGGGUCGCGGCCACAUGCUGCUGGUCCGCGUCCCCUCGCUGCAGCUCGCCAUGCUGGCCCGAGAGCGGCUGGAGGACGUGAGGGACAAGCUGGGACUUCAGUUCUGCUUCGCCGUGCUGCUGGGCAGUCCUGCGUCUGAGCUGAGCCUGUCCAGGAACUUCAUCAGUCGCCUCAGGGCGUGGAGAGGCUGUGAAAAUGAGGACUGGGUACCACACACCUACGAGGACCUCGAGGGGCUGCCCUGCAUCGUCAUCCUCACAGGAAAAGACCCUCUGGGAGAAACCUUUCCCAGGUCUUUGAAAUACAGCGACCUGCGUCUGAUAGACUCCAGUUACCUGACGCGCACGGCGCUGGAGCAGGAGGUGGGUCUGGCCUGCACCUACGUGUCUGUGGACGCAGUCCGGGAUCCGAAGUCGGGGAUGGCGCGCCGGGAAUCGGACGCGGAAAAAGCUGCCACCAGUAUAAAUGACGGAGAAGAGCUGGAGAGACCGCACAGCAACGGCAGCGCCGCCACCAGGACGUCAGGUUCUCUGGUAGAAAACGGAGUGAGCUCGUCUGACAUCGCCGACUCCUCCCAAAAGCCCUCCACCUCCACCUCCCACCCCGGGGACCCCGUCACCUCAGACAUUGGCACCCUAACACAAGUAUUCAAGCAGGAGUGCGACUCUCUGGGAAGCCAGCUUUCCUCCAACCCCUGCAAAGCCUCCAACGCCCUCCCGUCUCUUUACUCCAGCUCCUCCUCUUCCUCCCCCUCCACGACCUCUUCCUCUGGCCAGAAGCCCAGCCAGUCCACGCAGAGCGGCCAACCGCCGCCCUGCUCCUCCAGAGUGUCCCCGCGGACGGUCAUCCUGUCCAGAGCCGCUUACAACCUUCUGGCGGGCGAGUCGGCGAGCCAGCUGAGCUCCGUCUCCCUCCUGCCCCACGCAGACGUGUCCUGGAGCAGUCCGCUGAGGCCCGUUUUCACUCACCACCUGCAGGGGGCGGAGCAGAGCAUGUAUUACCGCCAGUGGACUGUUGCUAGGCAGCAUCAUGCUGACCAUGAGGCUUCACCGGUGCCCCAUCCCCGACGUCUGCUGCUCAGCGGACCGCCACAGGUGGGAAAAACGGGUGCCUAUUUACAGCUUCUGCGUCUGCUCCAUCGUAUGCUUAUACGGCUGUUGGAGGUAGACGUGUACGAUGAAGAGGAGGAGCAUGAGGAGGACGAAAUGGCAGAUGUAACAACUCCUGCGAAUUCCCAAUGGCCUGACGUUGAAGAAAUUCGAAAGAUGCCCUUUGACCCCACCCCCCGAGACCCUAAGUUCAGGAAGGCCAGCCCCGUUUACUCCCACAGGAUCCCCAAGUUCUUCAAAGAACUUCGGCAGGAAGGAGAAAGCCAAACACCGACCAAGCGACUGACCAAGUCGAUCCGGCUCAGUCGCUUCGCCGCUCACAACGCCUUUCAUCACUGUGAGCAGUGUCACGCCUACUGCGAGGCAGGUCCUGCUGCACAGCUGUCGGAGUGCACCUUCCACGCUUUCACCUUCUCCUCGUCCAUGCUGGGAGAGGAGGUCCAGCUUCAAUUUUUCAUUCCUAAAGCCAAGGAGAAGCACUUUGUGUUCAGUCAGGAGGGCAGCCACCUGGAGUGCCUGCGUCUGCCUCUGGUGUCCACGAAGGAUCUCGAUCUUUUAAAAAGUCCGAUCUUCACCCCGACGACGGGGCGCCAGGAGCACGGGCUGCUCAACCUUUUCCACGCCAUGGAGGGCACCUCUCACCUGCACAUCCUGGUGAUCAAGCAGUUCGAGAUGCCCCACUACAGGAAGUACUGGCCCAACCACAUCCUGCUCGUCCUGCCCGCGAUGUUCAACAACGCUGGAGUCGGUGCCGCCCGCUUUAUGAUCAAAGAGCUGUCGUACCAUAACCUUGAGCUGGAGAGAAACCGCCUGGAAGAGCAAGGUGUCAAAAGACAAGACGUAUGGCCCUUCGUGGUGAUGAUGGACGACUCCUGCGUGCAGUGGAACGCCCACCAGUCAGCAGAUGGAAGUGACGCUUCAGAUCCCAGCCCGUCGUCGACCAACGUGUCCCUGAAAACAGUGCUGCAGCACAUGGAGAACACCCCAAAGAUCCUACUGUACGCCAUGUGUGGCAUCUCCAAGUGGAGCAGCAGCCUGGCCGGCAAGGCUCCCAGCAUGCCUUUCAGUCGCUGCCACCUGCACGACUUUGUCCUGCUGAACGUGGACCUGACGCAGAACGUCCAGUACGACCUGAACCGCUACGACUGCGAGGAAGUGGACAUCAACCUGAGGAUCAACAGCAGCGGGUUACUGCUGUGCCGCUUCAACAACUUCAGCCUGAUGAAGAAACACAUUCCAGUCGGAGGAAACAAAGAUUUUGUCGUCAAACCCAAACUGAUGGAAAUUGAAAAUCCGGCACCAUUCAGCCCCUCCCAGUACGUCUGCGCCCCCGACAGCGAGCAGACCCUCCUCGAUGCUCCGGCCCAGUUCCUGCUGGAGAGAUUCCUGCAGAGCUGCAGCCACAGACUCUUCCCAAAGGCGGUUCGGAACCGAAACAACCCAGUUCUGUCUAUCGACAGUUACCUCAACCUCAGCCCGGAGAUCUCUGUGUGCUACAUCAACUCUCGCCCACACUCCACCAACCUCAACCAUCAGGGUUUGGUGUUCAGCGGCCUGCUGCUUUACCUCUGCGACUCCUUCGUCGUCUCCGGACUCCUCAAGAAGUUCCGUUUCCUGAAAGGCGCCACCCUCUGCGUGAUCUGCCAGGACCGCAGCUCCCUGCGGCAGACCAUCGUCCGGCUGGAGCUGGAGGACGAGUGGCAGUUCCGGCUGCGGGACGAGUUCCAGACGGCCAACUGCAGCGAGGAUCGGCCGCUCUACUUUCUGACGGGGCGCCACGUUUGAACGGCAGACCUCGGACGUGGAUAUUCUUACUCCUAGUUCGGCCCGAUGUGACGAAAGCUGAAGACGAAGAAAAGCACAGCUGAAUUUUCACUCGUGAACACCCUCCAAUCAGACUACUUGAAGACUGCGUGUUCAUGGACCUUAAAUCCAGCAUGUCCGUCUGGACGUGCGAUUAUCUCAGGGUUUUUGGACAAACGGGAGAUUUGCUGGACGCGGCGCGGAAGCAGCGAACGUUUUCCUCCCGGUUCAUUUAACUUAACUCGGCACCAAAGACUCAGCUGCACCUUGCCGCCUUUUUUGUCCGUCCCGCCCGCUCUGCCUCUUCUUAAACUGUUACGAGAACAUUUGUUGUAUUUCUAUAAUCAUUACCAGUGGGAUUCGAAUCGAAAGUUUUCUUUUGUGCCUCUUAAAAGAAUUUCCGUGGCAUUGAUAAUCUUCUCCAAAUGAAUGUCUGUCAUCACAAAAGAAAGUUUACAAGCUGUGACUUUUGAAGAAUGUACCACCCCAGUGUUGUUUGACGAUGUCAAUCAGUUGUUUUUACAAACCCUGAACAAAAAGCCAAAUAUUAACCCAUUGAAAUCA